GGAGGUAAACCCGUUAUUGCAGGUGUAUUUCAUCGAGAACGGGAAUCUUUAUUAAGUAAAUUAACUUACACAAUUAAACAAAAAACAUGGUUGCUAAUGUUAUUUGUGGCUUGAUGGGAAGGUUAGCAGUCAGAAGAGCUCCAAUACUUCGGAUUGAAUCAUUAGCUGGAGCAGUGCCUAACAGAAAGUUUUCAGAGAAAGCAACAUAUACUAUGUCAUAUGAAACAUUGGACAUCACUUCUCCACACAAACAUAUUCUCCAUGUUCAACUUAAUCGACCUGAAAAGUUGAAUGCAAUGAACAAAGUGUUUUGGAGGGAGAUCCUGGACUGUUUUAGAGAAAUCUCGGAUGACACAGACAUCAGAGCUGUGAUCCUGACAGGAGCAGGACGAAUGUUUUCAGCAGGAUUGGACAUACAAGAUAUGAAUGACUUGCUGACGUCACAAUUUAGCAAAAAGUCUGAUGUAGCUAGAAGGGCCAAGUACUUACAGUCUUUGAUAGGGCUUUACCAGGAAUCUUUCAAUGCUGUGGAAAAGUGCCAAAAACCCGUGAUUUCAGCCAUUCAUGGAGGGUGUAUUGGAAGUGGUGUUGACCUAAUUGCAGCUUGUGAUAUCCGGUAUUGUACUCAAGAUGCUUGGUUUCAAGUAAAGGAAGUUGAUUUGGGCUUUGCCCCAGAUUUAGGAACACUCCAAAAAGUUCCAAAAGGAGUUGGCAACAACAGUAUGGUGCGGGAGAUGAUUUACACAGCAAGAAAGGUGGAAGCUGGUGAAGCUAAAGGAAUGGGACUUGUAAGUCGAGUUUUCCCUAACAAAGAAGCUAUGAUGUCUGAGGUUGACAGACUGGCAGAAUCUAUUGCUUCUAAGAGUCCAGUAGCUGUUCAAGGCUGUAAAGUGGCUUUGAACUAUUCACGAGACCAUACUGUCAGUGAAGGAUUGAAGUUUAUGCAAUGUUGGAAUAUGACCAUGCUUCAAAGUGAGGACGUCAUCAAGGGUUCAGAAGCUGUUGCCAAAAGAGAAAAGAAACCACCCCAUUUCUCUAAACUGUGAUACAGUUAAAAGAGAAACAAGUUAAUUUUCAAUUCAGACAUAAGUUUGUAUGACAAGAUUUUAAGUAAUUCAUGUCAUUACUAUUUUAGAGUAACUACUAUUUUUUUUAACUAUAAAAAGUAUUUCAAGUUGGACGACCAGAUCUGCUACAAGUGUGUAAAAUCUGAAUAAGCAGAAUUGUUAAAUAACUAUUGGUGCAACAAGCACUGUAUUUGGGCCCUGCUUUAACAUAGUAAAAUGUAGUAUUAUGUGCUUUUGUGUGGAUUUUAACAGAAGAUUUAUUAGUUUUGGUAACUGUGUAUAAAUGAUUUAGGAGAAGCAGUUUUUAUUGUGAACUAAGUGUUAAGCAGCAAUAAAUAAAGUUCAAUCUUUUUUUUUA